UCAAUCUUGCCGCGGCGGAGCGCAUGGACGACGAGACUUGGCAUGGAAUACACAACAUGGAUCGUAAUAUCCCCGCAACUUUCUUGGAACAGAUCCAUGUCGUGGAGUGUGAGUCGCAGUUUCGUGAUCAGAUUCAGCCGAACGGGGUAGACAGGAUUGUCACGAAGAUGCCUCACGAUCAGGCGCAGCGGUUCUUUGCUGCAGAUCCAUUGUUUUGCGGAAGGCCUUGGGAGCAGAAGCUGAGGGUGCAGCAGUUCAUGCCGAUUGCGGAUUGCGUGAAGAUGAUGUUGAAGGACGAAGGCGUGGCGAGUAGGCUCAUCACAAGGGGUGUGUUUUCCGAUUUCACACAACUUUCGCUGUACAAUAAAGGCCCAUAGUUCACCAGCCGCUUGCCAUCUGCAGACCACAUAUACCAAAUCGCACGACAUACAUCAAG